AUGCUGGAGACCUACAGGAGCCUGGUGUCAUUGGGGUGCUGCAUUAGUAAACCUGAGGUGAUCCUCAAGUUGGAGAAAGGAGCAGAGCCAUGGAUAAUAAAAGAACACCCAAACCAGAGCCUCCCAGAUGUCCAUAUAGUCAAUGACCUAAUUGAGAGGAGCCAAGAAAGUCAUGGUAGACACUUGUGGCGAGGUGUAAUCAUCAAUGGCAACCAAUCAGCUGAGGAGAGAGUGGAGUUAGGAAAAUCAGUGAAUGCAUAUUCAAUGGAUACUUUAAAUCUGGUUAUAAAUAAUGAAAACUAUUCAGGAGUGAGGCAUGAGGAGUUUAACAAAUGUCAGAGUGCAGUUGUUCCAGAGACAGAUGCCGUGUGUGCUGUACAGAAAGCUUAUGAGCAUAAUAUAUGUGAGGAAUCACACAGUCAUCAUGAGCAUUUCAGUCAGCAUCCUAAGAUUCCAGCUGGACAACUUUAUGAAUAUAGUGGAAACAGACAAUCCUUCAAUACAUUGCCAAUAAUAUUUGCAUAUAAUAAAAUUCAUAUGGGUGAGACCACUUGUAAAUAUAGUGAAUAUGGGAAAGCCUGUAAUGAGUCAUGUGUCAUUGCCCAAGAGAUAGCUCAGGUAGGGAAGAAAACUUUUCAAUGUGUUGUGUGUUUGAAAAUAUCCUAUAAAAACGCUAGACUUACUCAACAUCAGAUUAUACACACAGGAGAAAAGCCUUAUGAAUGUAAAGGAUGUGGAAAAGCUUUUAAGCAAAAGUCACACCUCACUCUGCAUCAGAGAAUUCACACAGGUGAGAAACCAUAUGAAUGUAAAGAAUGUGGAAAAGCUUUUAAUCGAAAGUCACACCUCACACUGCAUCAGAGAAUUCACACAGGUGAGAAACCAUAUGAAUGUAAAGAAUGUGGAAAAGCUUUUAAUCGAAAGUCACACCUCACACUGCAUCAGAGAAUUCACACAGGUGAGAAACCAUAUGAAUGUAAAGAAUGUGGAAAAACUUUUAACCAAAGUUCACACCUCAGACUGCAUCAGAGAAUUCACACAGGUGAGAAACCAUAUGAAUGUAAAGAAUGUGGAAAAACUUUUAACCAAAGUUCACACCUCAGACUGCAUCAGAGAAUUCACACAGGUGAGAAACCAUAUAAAUGUAAAGAAUGUGGAAAAACGUUUAACCAAAACUCAUACCUAAGCAUUCACCAGAGAGUUCACACAGGUGAGAAACCGUAUGAAUGUAAAGAAUGUGGAAGAGCUUUUAACCGAAAGUCACACCUCAGCAUUCACCAGAGAGUUCACACAGGUGAGAAACCAUAUGAAUGUAAAGGAUGUGGAAAAGCUUUUAAGCGUAAGUCACACCUCAGCAGGCAUCAGAGAAUUCACACAGGUGAGAAACCAUAUGAAUGUAAAGGAUGUGGAAAAGCUUUUAAGCGUAAGUCACACCUCAGCAGGCAUCAGAGAAUUCACACAGGUGAGAAACCAUAUGAAUGUAAAGAAUGUGGAAAAGCUUUUAAGCAAACGUCACACCUCAGACUGCAUCAGAUAAUUCACACAGGUAAGAGACCAUAUGAAUGUAAAGAAUGUGGAAAAGCUGUUAAACAAAAGUCACAACUCAGACUACAUCAGAGAAUUCACACAGGUGAGAAACCAUAUGAAUGUAAAGAAUGUGGAAAAGCUUUUAAUCGAAAGUCACAACUCUGCAGGCAUCUGAGAAUUCACACAGGUGAGAAACCAUAUGAAUGUAAAGAAUGUGGAAAAGCUUUUAAGUUAAAGUCACACCUCAGACUGCAUUAGAGCAUUCACACAGCUGAGAAACCAUAUGAAUGUAAAGAAUGUGGAAAAGCUUAUAAUUGAAAGUCACACCUCAGCAGGCAUCAGUGAAUUCACACACAUGACAAACCAUAUGAAUGUAAGGAAUGUGGAACAGCUUUUAACCACAGUCAACCUUCAGCAUGCAUUAGGGAAUUCAUACAGGUGAGAAGCCACGUGAAUGAAAUGAAUGUGGGAAAAGGUAUUUUUACAACAUCACAGUUGAGAAGAGAUCAGGAUACUCACACAAGAAAAAACUCCUUAUCAAUGUAAUAUGACAGGCCUUGUACUGGAAUUCCCCCUAAC